CUAAUGAAUUUUUGUUUGACGAAGUUAUUCGAGGAAAUCACAAUCGAGUUCUCUCGACAACACUCGAUUCGGGACGAGCAGUGUGAUUCAUAUUUGCAUCAUAUGUGAUUUGACGUGUUUGACAGAUUUCGACUGCAUGCGGGACGCCAAGUAAUUAGGGCCGAGAUUCGCAAGAGAUAAUAUUCUUUUUAAUACUUUCCACCAUGGACACGGACAGGCCGUUGCAUGAGGAUUGGAAGAAACGGGCAUUUGUGGGACCACUGCCGGAUAGUUUCUUGAGAAUAGAAGAGCGCAAUGCUCAGCUGCAGCAAGAGGCAGCUGACCAGCAGGCUGCUUUAGCGCUCCAGCAGCAGAUGCAGCAGAGUAUGCCAGUAGCUCACGAUCCACGAAUGGGUAGACUUAGCAUAACAAUCUCUCAGGCCAAAUUAGUGAAAAAUUAUGGUAUGACGAGGAUGGAUCCUUACGUGCGGAUACGAGUAGGACACGCGGUGUACGAAACUCAUACAGACUCGAACGGCGGUAAAAAUCCACAUUGGAACAAAGUGAUUCAAUGUCUCCUUCCACCUGGAGUCACUCAGAUAUACAUAGAAAUUUACGAUGAAUGCUCCUUUGUGAUGGAUGAGCUUAUCGCAUGGGGUCACAUAGAAAUCCCACCACAAGUCAUUCAAAAAGGAGAAACGCAUGAGGAUUGGUACAUGCUUAGCGGGAAGCAGGGAGAGAAUCAAGAAGGCAUGAUCAAUCUAGUUUUUAGUUACACGAAUAAGUAUCAUCCGUACAUGGGUACAUCUUCAAUAAUGAUGGUUCCUUCUGGAACAAUGUUUGGUCAUGUGCCAUAUGCUCCAGUAAAUGUUUAUACGGCACCUCCAACCGCCGCUGCACCAACGGUUGCACCAAGUUCUCUGCCAAACGCUGAACUCGAAUUGAAACAGAUUGCGGAAAUGUUUCCGAACAUCGAUAAGGAAGUCAUCAAAUCAGUAUAUGAUGCAAAUCACGGCAAGAAGGAUGUUACAAUUAAUUCACUGCUUCAAAUGUGCGAAUAAGUAAUCCUAAUUUUUUUACG